UCAUCACAGUGAACCGUACACUCCGGAUAUCCCUGGAAUGGAAUUGUUUGAGGGAAGAAUGAUUCACAGUAAAGAGUUUAGACACGAGGAACAUUUUGAUGGACUUCGUGUUGCAGUUCUAGGAUGUAGUUAUUCAGGAGAAGACAUUUCAAUGCAUGUAGCAAAGUUUGCAAAAAAAGUUUAUAUUUACUUAAAGGUUUUUGCAUGCCACAGACGAGAUCCAAAAGACUUCAGGCCGUCUUUCAAAAAAGAAAUAGAACAAAGACCUCCUUUUGUCCAUAUGACGAAAGAUUUCGUGGUGUUUCCCGAUGGCUCUUCAGAAAAAGUUGACGCAGUCAUAUUCUGUACCGGAUAUCGUUAUUCUUUUCCAUUCUUAAAAGAUGACAUCAUAGCGAUCCAAGAUCAACACGUUCAGCUAAUUUACAAACAUAUGUUUCAUAUAGAAUAUCUAAACCUUAUUUUCAUUCGAAUAGCCCGGCAGUUUUUAUACUUUCCUAUGUACCAUGAAAUGGCAAAACUUGCAGUUUUGGCGUUGGCAGGAAAAGUGAAAUUUCCGUCCAAAGAUGUAAUGAGGGCAGAGAGUGAAGCGGAUUUCCAAUCUCGUUUGAAGGAAUGCAAUCCACCGUCUCAUGCCCAUUUCUUUGGCGGUACUGGUCGACGAUUUCGAUACAUUGAAGAACUCGCAGAAUUAGGAGGUUUUGAUCCGCUUCCGCCAGUACUCGAAAUGAUUUUUACAGACGUCGCAGAUGAAAGACACAUGAAUCUUCCACAUUGUACCGAGAUUAGUUAUCGGGUAACUGGGCCUAAUUCGUACGUUUGCUUAAACCCGGAGAAGAUUAAAUCAAGGAAAUCAAAAGCCGAAAACGUUUUUAAAGAUGGAUGAAUCAAUCAUUAUUUUCAUGAAUAUUAUUAUUCAUUAUUCAUCUUCUUUCAUCUUGUUUAGAAUUUUUUUUAAAUUUAAAUAUCUGUACCAUCUCAAUAUUUUCAACUUGUUAAACUACACUGCUUGAUUUCAGAGAAGACAUUAAAUUUCUUUGU